AUGGCGAUGGAAACUAUUUUGGGGAUCAAGGGACCCGACUUUGUGAUGCUCGCAUCAGAUACCAUGCAGGCCAAAUCGCUGGUUUUCAUGAAAGAUGACCAAUCGAAAAUCCAUCGACUAUCAGACUUCAACAUAAUGGCCACGGUGGGCGAUGGCGGCGAUACCAUUCAGUUCACGGACUUCAUAUCAAAAAACUUGCAUCUGUACAAGAUUUCCCACGGAUACCAUCUGAGUGCCAAGUCAGCUGCCCAUUUUACCAGAAAAACACUGGCGGAUUAUAUAAGGACCAACACCAGAUACCAGGUGGCAAUGCUCCUGGCAGGAUACGAUGCGGUUGAGGGUCCUGACCUCCACUACAUCGACUCCUAUGGCGCAGCUCAGUCAAUCAAUCAUGCAGGUCACGGUUGGGGCAGCAUGUUCUGUGGCAGCAUUCUGCAGAGAUACUGGAACUCGAAGCUCAGCCAAGAGGAGGCCUACUCGCUGAUGAAGAAGUGCGUCCUGGAGAUCCAGAGGCGACUGAUCAUCAACCAGCGGAACUUCGAGGUGUAUGUGGUGGACAGCAAGGGAAUGCGCAAGAUGGAGGCCAUCAACCCAGGAUCACUAAACAAGGAGUCGAUUAGCCUGAGUUGGUAAAGGGAAAAUAUUAAAGCCGUGCUCGGCGCAACUCGUAUGCUUCAUAAAGCAUCCUCUAAUGCCUAAUAAUUGUGAAGUUGGUUUUUGGCUAACUUUCACUGCGAUGCUCGAACAACUUCCCAGGGAUUAGUUGACGUGACCGGUUGGAUUUG